GGGGCGGGGAGGCAAAAAGAGCUGCACGCAUGAGGGGAGUGAGCCAGGAGCCCAGCAGAGACAGCAGGGUGUGUGUGUGUGGAUGUAUGUGUGAAGGCACUGCGCAUGUGUGACUGUGAGGUGCACUGACUGAAGCAGACAGCGGAGGAGAAAGAGCAGUAAUGAACGGCUGCUGAGAGAUAACAGCAGAGGAGAGGGGGGAGAGGCUUACCUGGAGACCAUAAGGCAGGACGGAGGAAAGGAGGGAAGGAAACGGAUGAGAGAUCAGAAGGUCAGCACAGGAGAAGCUGAAUAAUUUGGGAGCAGGAGGGCUAAAAAAAAAGGAGAUGGAAGAAAUCCAGAGCUGUAAAGAACAUAAAUAAGGUUAAGAGUGUGAAAAUAACAGAGAAGAAGAGGAACCGAGGAUGAUGACAGCCGCCUGAUGAAUCCACCUUGUGAAAGCUUCCUCCAUCUUACGUCUCCUCCAUGUUGUUGAUGGUCCUAGAAUGAAAAGGACAGAAGAGAGCAUCCUCCCCCGGAUGAGACAUUCCCCGCACAAAAGAGCCAAGCUGUGUAUCAUCACUGGAAACCUUUGCCAGCAAGAACAGGAGCAAGAAAAAAACAAGCGCACAGGUAGAUGCCUAAUGGGAAUACUGGAUCACACCAAAACGGGGAGAUGAGCAUGGAUACGUCUGUUUAACACACUCUGAAAGUCCAAAAAAAAGAGAAAAAACUGUUCUCUUACACUUCUGAGGAAUCUAAGGACCUUGGACUUUGAAGAAGUCAUUCCAACAGCUCUCUGGAGCAAUAUGUAAGACCUCUCAAAAAAAAAAAAAAAAAUUACAGCCUCCUCCCUCUUUUUAUCAGCAAGCCAAGGAAAGGGGUCUCACGAGGUCUCCUGCACAAACUGGACCAACAAUAAGAAAUAAGGAAGGUCAUUCUUUCAAGCUCACACAUCAAUACAAACCACAAUAGUAUUUGAAACCAGGAAGCUAAGCAAAUAUUUGAGUGAGAAACAUUCCCAUUGCAAGACGGAAGUCAAAGUUUUAGACAAUUUAUUCUGGAGCUUUGGGAACUUUAUGUAAUCAAAUGAAAACUGUAUGUGACCAUAAAACUAAAUGCUAUGUAAGAACAUGUAAUAGUGUUUAAGUAUUACAGAACUGUGUGUGCUCUGCUGACACAUCAGGUACAGGAAUAUAAGCUUGAGAAGAAAACAAUAAUCUUACUUUUAGGUGCCAGAACUGUUAAAAUACUGUAAAGCAACUGUUAUAGAACAAGAGUGGACACUUGUGUUGCUCUGGCUGAGCUCCUCUAUCGAGCUCCUGCUCAUAGAGACUCAGGCUGACGGGAUCUCUACAAGAAACAUGGAGGCCACCAUCCGUCCCCACGUCCCCUCUAAUGGCUGACCUCAAAGAAGGAGUCUGAUCUUCUUCCGCAACAAAGCAGGGUGUCAAGUACAACAGCCCUUCCUUCUCGAAACCCCAGAAGAGUGCGAAUGUCCUGCCUUAGGCGCCAGCCGGUCACCAUCCCCAUGGACACCGUCAAGAUAAUUCAGUCUGAGAAGUUCCCCAGAGAAUGCCCUGUGCCCGUCACUCAACCACGGUACGCCCCUCCGCCUAGAGUGGCGUGGGACGGUGGCGGUGAAGGGGAAAUCAUUGUGAACCAGGCCUGCAGCGACCUGACUCUGGACAUAUCAGGGUCUCCGAGGCCGAUGGUGUCCCCUCCGGCCCCCAUCAUGCGCAGGGAGCACAGCUUCCUGGCGCAGCGGAAAACCAGUGCCAAUGAAAUCUGCUACCAUCAGUUCCACUACAAGAUGGAUGACGUCAUAGUCAACCAAUAUGUACUACGCUCCUCCUCCACCUCCUCCUCCACUUCUUCGUCGUCCUCCUCCUCGGGGCCGGUCAUGCCCUGUGAACCGCUGGACUGCCCCACCUGCGGCCACACGUACAACUUUGCCGGGAAGCGGCCACGGAUCCUCUCCUGCCUGCACUCGGUGUGUGAGGAAUGCCUGCAGAUCCUCUACGAGUCCUGCCCCAAGUACAAGUUCAUCUCCUGCCCCACAUGCCGGCGCGAGACGGUGCUGUUCACUGACUAUGGUCUGGCUGCUCUCGCCAUCAACACCAGCAUUCUGAGCCGCUUGCCCUCUGACUCCGGCGGGCCCGUGCAGUGGGGCGGGGACGCCGACCGCAGCUGCUACCAGACUGUGCGUCAAUACUGCCAGUCAGCCUGCACCUGCCAGAUCACCAACCCCUUGUCCACCUGUGGCAUCAUGUAGGCAAGCGGGAGGAGGGCACAAAGGCAUGACUCCACGCUGCUUCCUCCACCACUUCUCGUGUCUAUAAGCUAAAACCCCUUUCUCUCACACAUACAGUGAAUAAAUCCCUCCAUAGAUGUUAUCUCUAUAUUUCAUAGCACAGAUGGAUGCUGUGUGGAACUGAUGGUGGUUCAGUAUAUAAUAAAUAAAUGUAUUUUAUGUAUGGACUGGAAACCUAUUCACCCUCUCUUGUUUGGUUGGACGUGUUUGUCAUGUCAUCUCUUUACAUGGGAAUGCCAGGGAAGCUCUGUUUCUCUGAAUUAGGUGAAUAAAGAUUAAAUAAAUAAAAAUAAUAGUUUUUGU